CUGCAAGAGUUUGGCAAAUACAUUGCGUCGUGCAUGCCAAAAUACAUUCAGCAGAUCACUGUUUACAAGGAUGAACUGACUCUUUUUAUAGCACCAUCUGGAUUGAUUCCAGUUGCUACAUUUUUGAGAGAUCAUCAGGCAACACAGUUUCAGCAGGUUCAGAAUAUCACUGUAGUGGACUAUCCAUCUCGUGAAAACCGAUUUGAGGUUGUUUAUAAUUUUCUGAGUGUGCGCUUCAACAACCGCAUUCGAGUCAAAACGUACACCAACGAGAUUGAUCCAGUUCCAUCUCUGGUUCCGUUGUACACAGGAGCCAACUGGUAUGAACGCGAGGUUUGGGACAUGUUUGGUGUAUUUUUUACAGGACAUCCAGAUCUGCGCCGUAUCUUGACAGACUAUGGAUUUGAAGGACAUCCACUACGCAAGGAUUUCCCACUGACAGGAUAUGUUGAAAUGCGCUACGAUGAGGAAAAGAAGAGAGUGAUUGCAGAGCCCCUCGAGCUUGCACAGUCGUUUAGGAUGUUUGAGUAUCAAUCACCAUGGUAG